CAGGAGCAAGCUCAGCUCGCUGCUCUCCAUGAGGAGCAGGGAAAGCGCUCCACUACAUCUAAUGACAAUACCACAAACGAUGCCGCAUCAUCCACCAAGGAGCGUGAUUUUGAAGGUGGCUUUGGUGGCCAAGAGGAUUUGGAAGAUCGGUACGCAACAACUAGCGGAGAGCACUAG